UGUCAGUACGUAGCAGCGGAGCCCCUGACUCGGUUAAUCAGUAACCACGGUGGGAGCAGGGCGACGGUUUAAAGUACGGGAGCAGAGGAGCCGGGACCUCACUCAGCAGCAGAAGACACACACACACGCACACACACACACACACACACACACACACACAGGCACAAGAAGGAAACAUUUUGAGGCGACUCCAAACCAAGGGCCGAAAAAAUGCAGCGGCCUCUUCUAGCCCUCGCGCUCUGCUGCUGCCUCGCGGGAAGCCGAGCCAACCGCGUCUACGUCCACCCGUUCAACCUCUUCGCCGCGGAGAACGUCACCUGCGAGAGCCUGCAGGCGCAGACCCCCGAGCCCCUGGACACGCGCCCCGUGGCGCCCCUCGUCGCGGGGGUCCUCGCGGCGGACAGCAGGGACCGCUCCGAGGCGGAGGCCCCGAGGCGGAACGUCACCGAGAGGACGGUGGUCCUGGCGGAGCUGUUGAACUCCGUGGGCCUGAGGAUGUACCAGGCGGUCAGCGGCAAGCAGCCCGGCGCCAACACCCUGUUCUCUCCGGUCAGCACCUACGGAUCCCUCGUCACCCUCCUGCUCGGGGCCUCCAAGAAGACCGCCAGAUCCUUCCAGUGCCUUCUGAACCUGAACAGCCACACCGACCGAGAGGACUGCGUGUCCUUCGUGGACGGACACAAGGUUCUCAAGACCCUGCAGGGCAUCAACUCUCUGGUGGACGACGGACCCAAGGAUGAGAUCACCACACAGGUGUGGGCCUUCGCCCGCCAGGGCGCCGAGCUCUCCCAGGACUUCAUUCGAGGCACGCAGGACUUCUCCGACACGUCGUUCAUCCGCGGGGUGGACUUCUCCAGCCCCCGGGAGGCCGAGGCGCUGGUGAACAGCUUUGUGAACGAGACGUCCGACGGGAGGGUGAAGGGCGUCUUCAGGGACCUGAACUCCAGCAGCGACCUGCUGUUUCUCUCUUCAUUCAACUUCCAAGGCAACUGGAGGAGAGCUUUUCAGCCGGAGAAGACCACGCUGCAGGAGUUCCAUGUCGAUGAAACCACCACAGUGAUGGCCGCACUGAUGACCCACACGGGUCGGUAUCCCUACCUGGACGAUAAGGUUCUGCAGUGCACAGUUGUCAAGCUGUCUCUGAGCAAACGGUCCUAUAUGCUGCUGGUCCUGCCUCACGAAGGCGCCGACCUCCACAAGAUUGAAUCCAAGCUGCUCACCAAAGUCUUUUCUCGCUGGCACCAGGACUUCCAAGAAGGUCUGUUGGAGCUGUCCCUCCCAAAGUUCUCCAUGUCGUCUGAGACCUAUCUGCGCGACCUGCUGACCAACAUGGAUCCGGAAGUCGAGGCCAAGCUGUUGGGCUCCCGUGCUGAGUUCAGCCGACUCAGCAACGCCAAACCUUUCACUAUCGACAAGGCCAUCAACAAGGUUUUGUUUGAGAUGUCCGAGGAAGGCGCAGAACUCCAGGAGAAGGUCCAGGAAGCAGGAGUUCCUUUGAAACUGUCCAUCAAUCGGCCAUUCUUCUUUUCUGUCAUAGAGGGAAAUUCUAACGCCAUCCUCAUGCUGGGCAAGAUCACAAAUCCCACCCUGUGAAGUAAUGUAGUACUUUAAAGCUCAUCAAGAUCAUACUGUGGUUUUCCAGCUGAAAAAAUGACCACACGGUACGUACUCUCAAUAUUCAACAGUGUUAACUUUCCCCACCUAGCUGAUGUCUCCACACACUCAGGAGUGCCUGGAGAUCCCUGUCUCAGUAUUUAUGAAAAGCUUUAACUUUAUGCUGAGUUGUUGUCAAGCAGCCUGUUAUAAAUCCUAAUUUGUUUUUCCUCCUGUAAAAUGUACUAUAGCAGAAUUCUGUGCAGUUUUUUUUUCAAUUUGAGAAGCUAAGGUUUCCACAAUUCUCUCUGAUGAAUGACUGAAACGUUGUGUAUUGUAA